AUGGAAGCCAGUGAUGGUGCUGUGAGUUGCCCUACCUUUACCCAGGAGCCACAGGACGUCAUUUUCCCUUUGGGUUCAUCAGCAUCUGAAGUCAUCCUGAGCUGUGCUGCUGCCGGUCACCCUGCACCUCAUUACAGGUGGAAGCACAAUGGCACCGCCAUUGAUUUUGCCGUGAGUGAUCGCUACAGGCUGGAGGGAGGGAGCCUGGCCAUCGGGAGCCCCCGCGCGGAUCAAGAUGCAGGUGUAUACCAGUGCCUGGCCACCAAUCUCCUGGGGACCACUGUGAGCCGGGAGGCGAGACUUCAGUUUGCCUAUAUCGAAGACUUUGAAGCCAAGGCCAGAAGCGCCGUGUCCGUGCGAGAAGGCCAGGGUGUGGUGCUCCUGUGCGGCCAGCCGCCCCACGUCGGAGAUUUGUCUUAUGCAUGGGCGUUCAACGACAGCCCCUUGAGUGUGCACGAGGACAGGAGGCGGUUCAUAUCCCAGCAGACGGGAAACCUGUACAUCGCCAAGGUGCAGCCGUCGGACGUCGGCAACUACACCUGCUUCGUCACCAACAGGGAGGCCAGGAGGAGCGUGCGAGGCCCGCCCAGCCCCUUGGUGCAGCGAGCCGAUGGUGUGAUGGGGGAGUAUGAGCCAAAGAUUGAAGUGCGUUUUCCCGACACUGUCCCAGCCGCAAAGGAUUCGUCUGUAAAACUGGAAUGCUUUGCCCUUGGAAAUCCGGUCCCUGAUAUUAGCUGGAGGAGGUUGGACGGAAGCCCGUUGCCAGGCAAAGUCCGCUUCAGCAAGUCCCAAGCUCUCCUGGAAAUCCCGAACUUCCAGCAAGAAGACGAAGGCGUCUAUGAGUGCACGGCAGGCAACCUGCGAGGAAGAAACCUUGCGAAAGGUCAACUGGUUUUCUACGCCCCUCCAGAAUGGGAACAAAAGAUCCACAAUACACACCUCUCCAUCUACGACAGCUUGUUCUGGGAGUGCAGAGCAAGUGGAAAGCCGAGCCCGUGGUACACCUGGUUCAAGAACGGGGAGCCCCUCCACCCUGAGGAGAGGAUUCAGAUAGAAAACGGGACGCUCAUCAUAACCAUGCUCAACGUGUCUGACUCUGCCGUGUACCAGUGCGCCGCAGAAAACCAGCACGGGGUCAUCGCCACAAACGCGGAGCUGAGGGUUUUAGCCUCAGCUCCAGAUUUCUCCAGAAAUCCCAUCAAGAGACACUCCGUUGUUCACAUCGGUGGGGACGUCACCAUCGAGUGCAGGCCGAGAGCUUUCCCCAGAGCAGCUGUCUCCUGGAGAAGAGGGGCAGAGGGCCUGAGACAGAGCAGGAGGGUGUUUCUCUUGGAGGACGGCGGCCUCAAGAUACACAACGUCACCAGGUCGGACGCUGGGCCGUACACGUGCCUAGCCACAAACCAGUUCGGCACAGCCAGGGACACCAGCCAGCUGAUUGUGAAAGAGAGGACCGUCAUUACCGUGCCGCCAUCCGACAUGGACGUUACCGUCGGCGAGAGCAUCAUCCUGCCCUGCCAGGUGUCCCGCGACCCCUCCAUCAUGGUGGCAUUCCUGUGGUUGUUCAACGGCGACCUCAUAGACCUGAGGGACGGAGCCACUCACUUUGAGAGGGUUGGAGGAGAAUCUGCUGGGGAUCUGAUGAUACGGAAUAUCCAGCUUCGGCACUCGGGGAGGUACCUGUGCACCGUGCAGACGCCCCUGGAAAGUCUGUCUGCUGCGGCUGACGUCACUGUCAGAGGCCCCCCAGGUCCGCCGGAGGGCGUGAGCGUGGAGCACGUCUCCAGCACCAGCUCCCACAUUCGCUGGCGGCCAGGCCCCGACAACAACAGCCCCAUCCAGAUAUUCACGGUGCAGACGCGGACGCCGUUCUCCGUGGGCUGGCAGGCUGUGGGGACAGACCCAGAGAUCCUCAGCGGGCAGACGUACAACGCCACAGUGGUGGGGCUGAGUCCUUGGGUGGAGUACGAAUUUCGAGUUGUUGCCGGGAACAGCAUUGGCAUUGGCGAGCCGAGCAAACCUUCAGAACUGUUGAGAACAAGAGCCUCAGUGCCUGCUGUGGCUCCUGUCAACAUCGAAGGCGGUGGCGGGAGCCGCUCUGAGCUCGUUGUCACCUGGGAGCCCAUUGCAGAAGAGCUACAGAGUGGAGACGGAUUUGGGUACCUGGUCAUGUUCCGGCCAUUGGGCUCGACAGCCUGGACCAAGGCCAGUGUGGCAUCCGUGGAAUCCUCCAGGUUUGUCUACAGGAAUGAGAGCAUCGCCCCCCUGUCUCCCUUUGAGGUCAAAGUGGGCGUGUACAAUGACCAGGGGGAAGGGUCGCUGAGCCCCGUGUCCAUCAUCUACUCCGGGGAGGACGAACCUCAGCUGGCCCCUCGGGGAACUUCUGUCCAAAGCUUUUCGGCUUCUGAAGUGGAGGUUUCAUGGAACGCCAUUGCCUGGAACAGAAACACGGGAAGAGUGCUGGGCUACGAGGUCUUGUACUGGACAGAAGACGCCAGAGAACCCAUGAUUGGCAAAGCUAGAGUUAGUGGAAACAUCACCACCAAGAACAUCACUGGGCUGAAGGCGAACACCAUCUACUUUGCUUCCGUGAGAGCCUACAACACGGGUGGGACAGGGCCCUCCAGCCCCCCGGUCAACGUCACCACCAAGAAGUCUCCCCCAAGCCAACCACCAGCAAACAUCGCCUGGAAGCUCUCAAACUCUAAACUGUGCUUGAACUGGGAGCAUGUGAAAACCAUGGAAAAUGAAUCGGAAGUGUUAGGCUACAAGAUUCUCUACAGGCAAAGCAGACAGAGCAAGAUGCACAUUCUGGAAACCAACAACACCUCGGCAGAGCUGCUGGUUCCCUUCGAAGAGGAUUACUUGAUAGAAAUAAGAACCGUGAGCGACGGUGGGGACGGGAGCAGCAGCCAGGAGAUCAGGAUCCCCAGAAUGUCCAGUUUGAGUUCCAGAGGAAUUCGGGUCUUGGGCUCCAGUGCCCGUCUCCUGUCAACCGUGCUGAUUCCUGCUGUCUUGCUGUUCAGCCACUUCUCUGACGAAUGA